AGCUGCGGGCUAGCUGCCGGCCGCCGCUGCGGGAUGCUGCGCUCCACCUCCACCGUCACCCUGCUGUCGGGCGGCGGCGCCGGGGCGCCCAGCAGGAGGGCAAAUGUCUGCAGACUGCGGCUGACUGUACCUCCCGAGAGUCCAGCUCCAGGGUCAGGUGAAAAGAGGGUCGAAAGAAAAGAACAACGUCCUGACUUAAGCAAUGGAGAACCGACCAGGAAACUUCCCCAGGGUGUUGUCUACGGUGUGGUGCGGAGAUCAGAUCCCAACGAACAGAAAGAAAUGGUGGUGUAUGGGUGGUCCACCAAUCAGCUGAAAGAAGAGAUGAACUACAUCAAAGACGUGAGAGCCACUUUGGAAAAAGUAAGGAAGCGAAUGUAUGGAGACUAUGAUGAAAUGAGACAGAAGAUUCGACAGCUCACCCAGGAACUGUCAGUUUCACAGGCUCAGCAGGAGUAUCUGGAGAAUCACAUCCAGACACAGUCGUCAGCCCUGGACAGCUUUAAUGCCAUGAACUCAGCCUUAGCAUCGGACUCCAUCGGCCUGCAGAAAACCCUCGUGGAUGUUACUUUGGAAAAUAGCAACAUUAAGGACCAGAUCAGAAAUCUGCAGCAGACCUAUGAAGCAUCCAUGGACAAGCUGCGGGAAAAGCAGAGGCAGUUGGAGGCAGCGCAAGUUGAAAACCAGCUGCUGAAAAUGAAGGUGGAAUCCUCCCAGGAAGCCAACGCCGAGGUGAUGCGAGAGAUGACCAAGAAGCUGUACAGCCAGUACGAGGAGAAGCUGCAGGAAGAGCAGCGGAAGCACAGUGCGGAGAAGGAGGCUCUGCUGGAAGAAACCAAUAGUUUUCUGAAAGCUAUUGAAGAAGCCAAUAAAAAGAUGGAGGCGGCGGAGAUCAGCCUAGAGGAGAAGGACCAGAAGAUUGGAGAGCUGGACAGGCUGAUUGAGCGCAUGGAAAAGGAACGCCAUCAACUACAGCUACAGCUCCUGGAGCAUGAAACAGAAAUGUCAGGGGAAAUAACUGGUUCUGACAAGGAAAGGUAUCAGCAGCUGGAGGAGGCAUCUGCCAGCCUCCGGGAACGGAUCAGACACCUAGACGACAUGGUGCAUUGCCAGCAGAAGAAAGUCAAACAGAUGGUUGAGGAGAAGGGGGUCUGCUAUUUGAUACUGAAACUUAACGGUUGUGACAAGAUUCUGUUCUUAAGUAAAAUGGAUGAGGUCUGGAAAAUUGAAUCAUUAAAGAAAAAGGUGCAGCAGAAACAGCUUUUAAUACUGCAGCUUUUAGAAAAGAUAUCUUUCUUGGAAGGAGAGAAUAAUGAACUACAAAGCAGGUUGGACUAUUUAACAGAAACCCAGCCCAAGCCUGAGGUGGAAACCAGAGAGAUUGGAGUAGGCUGUGAUCUUCUACCCAGCCCAACAGGGAGGACUCGUGAGAUCGCAAUGCCUUCCAGGAAUUACACACCGUACACACGAGUCCUGGAGUUAACCCUGAAGAAAACUCUGACUUAGGCGCCUGGAGACAGUCGCUUUGGACAGAGGGACAAAGGCCCUAGAACCCUGUGGCUUGAGGCUGGGAAAGGAGGCUACCACCUCGUCCUAUACAGGUUUAAGCCAGAAAGGAGAUUGCUGACUCUGAUGUACUUCUAAAACAUGAAGGAAAGCGGAGGUGGAAGGGGAGGGCAGGAGAGAGAGGUGUUGAGGUCAUAUUUCAAACACCCAACUGUGCUAUACUGGGCCGUCAUUAGCUUUGGGAGUAGACACUGAAAUUCUGUCAGGAGAAUUCCCUCACAAUUUAUUUUCUGUUUUACUAGCCUUCAGCUGGGAGGAAAAAGGGCAUUAAUUUGAAAUUUCACGUUAUUCACGUCAGGAUCAUUUGUUACAGCAUGAAGGUUUUAUUUACCCAUAAAAGUAUUAGAGGCAGUGUUUCUCUGGUGCCGAGAAGCCUGUCUGCGGGAGCAUGGGCACCUGGGGAGACCUGGCCAGGAGGGAAGGCUUCCCAGCAUGCAGACGCUCUCUCUUCUUGGUGCCAGGAUGUGUGUGGGGUGUGGGAGCCGCGGUUGGAGACUGGCCUCCUGCGGGCAUGGGUGCCUCAUUCCCAUGUGCUAAUCCUCCGGUUUAAUUUGUGCCUUAUGUCUGUAUGGGGCUCACUGAAAUCAACGUAUUUAUUUUACCUGUGAUUUUUUUCUUUCUCAUUUUAACUGAAAAAAUUUUGUAUGUUGUGGAAAUGUAAUCAUUUCAUGUUUUCAGUAUCGACUGGUGUUUUUGUUAAAUAAUUUGUUCAUGCAUGCUGUACUUUGAUAUUACAAUCUGUGUCACAUAUGUUUAAUAAAUGCCA